AUGUCGGCGUUCAUCUUGGGCCAGACGAAACGAGCCGAAAUAAGCUUGCGACCGGCACGAACGCCGGAGUGGGACAACGAAUCUGGUCAUGUUUACGUUUGCUCCGAAAUAGACCUUAUACUUAUCUUCUUACCCGCGCUAAUUGAGACGGUAAAAUUCACCACAGCUGAUGGUUUGUUGAGGCUAAGAAGUGCACCUGGCCUUCCCCAUUUAUUUACUGAAGCUUCUCUUGGUCGCCUUGAACGAGUAUGUGAUAAGAAGUCUGUCGGUUCCCAUAACGUAGUCCGAUUGAACCAAGAUAAACUGAAGGUCUGGCUAAAGCAACGCGUGGACAAUAUUUGCAGAUUCGCAAAUGAACUCUCCACAUCCGGUGAACGUAAACUCCUCCAUUCCCUGCUGUCCGUCCAGAGUCAAUCCUCAGCGUCUGCACCCCUCUUUGCGUCCGAUUCCAAAAGCGCUAAAGCCCUGGCGAGCACAGCUUUCGAUGGUGACGGUUUGCGUACACUCGCCUUCGAGAUAGUUGCAGACAACUUCCCGGUGGCCCUCAUCGAGCAGCUUCACAAUGAUCUCGGACUAAAGACUUUAUCUUGCGCCGAUAAGGAAAACAUGGCAACUGGUCAGCCAUCCGACUCGAUUUCAGAAUCAAACGCACACAUUCCCAAGACUGUCACGCCGUCCAUGGCCAAGAAACAGAAGUUUGCACGAGGAAGCAAGUCGAUCAUGAGUUUCUUCUCAAAACAGGACUGA